AUGGACCCUACUUCCCUCCCACGGAAUGAGGCAAUUGCUGAAGCCAACCUGAGACAGGGGCCAGAGCAUGGAGGGGGCAGGAUAACCUACCACACCCUCUACCCUCUACCUCUGUCAGAACCCGCGUUCUGGGACUUGGGGCUGAGCUCUGGACUGUGGAGGCGGGGUCUCGGGCCCUGGUAUUUGCCACCUCCACUGCUUCGCCCUCAGAAGCCUCCAAAAGGCUUUGGGCCUUGGUCCACCGGGACCUCGCUCUGCGCCGGUUCCAAUAAUCUCGUGCAGCUGUGGCUGGUGGGCCAGCACCGGGAGGCGGCAGUCGGGAAGCGCCUGCGGCCGAGGCGGGGUAAGGAGGAGGAAUUCAAAGUGGACCUGCGGGAGUACUUGGAGCCACUGCUGUUUGUGAAACUGCGCAAAGGGCCCCUUCAGGACGACGCCUGGUUUUGCAACUGGAUCUCGGCGCAGGGCCCCGGGGACAGCGGGGACCAGUUCAGGUUCUCUUGUUACCGUUGGGUGCAGGGCGAUGGCGUCCUGAACCUGCCCGAAGGGCACUGGAAAAAGAGCAGGGUGCAGGGGCUGCGCAGAGAGGUGGCAUGGAGGCCAGGAGGGGUGAUCCCGGCAGGCACCAGCCAGAGGCGGGCUGGGGUGCAGGUGCAGGGAUGGGAGAGGCUCUCAGGAGAAGCCUCGUUGCCCGCACCCUCCUCCCCGUCUCCAGGCCGCACGCUUAUCGUUCCCCACCUGCAAUACACCAUGGAAAUUAAUGUCUGGGCCAGGAAUGGGCUGGUCUCUGACAUGGGAAUUUCUGACCAGGUGGUGAGCACAGGUGGAGGAGGCCACGUGGAGCUGCUUAAGCAAGCUGGAGCCUUUGUAACCUAUAGCUCGUUUUGUACCCCUGGUGACCUGGCUGACCAGGGGCUCCUGGAAGUCAAGUCUUGCUACUAUGCCCAAGAUGCACUGCGGCUCUGGGAAAUCACCUUUCGGUAUGUGGAGGGCAUUGUGAAUCUCCAUUUUAAGACAGACGUGGCUGUGAAAGAGGACCUUGAGCUGCAGACCUGGUGUCGAGAGAUCACUGAAAUUGGGCUGCAAGGGGCCCAGGACCGAGGCUUUCCCAUCUCCUUACAGUCCCGUGACCAGCUUUGCCACUUUGUCACUAUGUGCAUCUUUACCUGCACUGACCAGCACUCCUCCAUCCAUCUGGACCAGCUGGAUUGGUACUCUUGGAUCCCCAAUGCACCUUGCAGGAUGCGGCUGCCCCCACCCACCACCAAGGAUGCAAUGCUGAAGACGGUGACGGCAACACUGCCCAACUUUUACCAGGAUUCUCUCCAGAUGUCCAUCACUUGGCAACUGGGUAGAAGCCAGCCUAUUAUGGUGGCUGUGGGCCAGCACAAGGAGGAGAAUUUCUCAGGUCCUGAGUACAAGGCUGUGCUGGAAACCUUUAGGGAGGAGCUGGCUAUCUUGGACAAGGAAAUUGAGAUCCAGAAUGCAAAACUGGACAUGCCCUAUGGGUACCUGCGGCCCAGUCUGGUGGAAAACAGUGUGGCCAUAUGAGUGCCCUGAGCCUUGGU